AUGGCGUCACGCAGGCCUCGCCGCCCCAACAACAACAACAACAACCAUCACAAUCAGAGCAGCAAUCAACACAGCAACCCGAGUCACACCCAGGGGUACUUUCAAGGGUCAGGUUACGAUUCAGACUACCAGUCCUACCUCUCCGACCCGCAGCAGCUGCUCGACCAGCAGAAUCGGAGCAUGCCGUCGGCGCCGCCGCGCACAAACGAGGAGCUUAACCUUUCGGUUUUACAGAGCCACAACCCCGAAGUCAAGUCGAUACAGUCAAUUGCGCCAUUCGCGGUUGUCUACACAUUUAGCCCGACAACACGGCAAUGGGAGAAGACCGGGGUGGAGGGCACUCUUUUUGUUUGUCAGCUCGUAGCGGGGAGUUUGGGGGAGGAGCGGUACAGUGUGUUUGUGCUGAAUCGACGGGGCUUGAAUAACUUCGAUCUGCCUUUAACGCAUGGCGAUAACGUGGAGCUUACGGAAGAAUAUAUUAUUCUCAAAUCUGACUCCACCUCCGACCCCAGUAAUGCGCGCCCUAGCAGCGAUGUUCGCAUCUAUGGGCUUUGGGUGUUUUCGGAACCCCCGCCCAGUUCUACGGCGGAAACGCGCAACAUCAACGCCCAGGUUAUCCGGGAAUGCGCAGUUAUGGCCGGGCACAGUCUCAAAUUGGCCCGCGAGCGACUCGAGGCCGCGCGCCAGAAUGGCUUACAUGCUGCUGCGACAGCGGCGUCAACGACCAUAGACCCCCUGGAUGAAGUACAGGGCAGCGCUCCAAUGGGUCGUCAGAUCUCGCUUAGAGACUUGUUUGGUCAGGAGAGGGCGCAAGAUGAUGGAUGGAGUGUGAGAGCGCAUAGUCAGCCAACACAGGCACAGCCGGAACCGGCCGCGAGCGAAUCGCAGGAUGUAUUGGGAGACCUCUUUAGGAGAAGCGGUUUAGUUUAUCGAACCGGCCCGAACUCAUGA